CAACACUGGUCGACACAUCCCAGUCACACAACAAAUUGUUUACCACAAAAAAACCGUGCUGAAGUCGACAAAAAACAGAGUACAGCACGCCGCCGAGCAUUUCCAGACAUCCCCCAGACGCCCGCCAAGAGUUUCCCGCAGCGGUGUCCACCCAAUCUCCCCCCCUCUGUGAGAGCCAGAUCAUUCCAUUUGGGGAGCCCCUCGGUCGUCCGGUUGUCCACAAACGCUUAUAAAAUUGGCAAGAUAACUAAGCAUAGCACAAAGAUGCCGCCAGCAUCAGCGGUGAACAACAGCAACGCGGCCGCCCAGGCGGCAAAGGCCGAACGGGCGGAGAAGCUGCGAGGAGCCCUGAAAGGCUUCAUCGUCUCGGACCGCCAGCGACGCCAGGAGGAGUUCGAGGCGCAGUGCGAGGAGCAGAGGCUGCGCCAGGAGCGGGAGGAGGUGGAGCGCCAGAACCAGGAGGCGCUGGAGGACACACGUGGCCAGAUCACCCGCCUGGACGAGCAGCUGGCCGAUCUGCACAGCCAGAAGCAUCAGCUCACCGUCCAGCUGAAGAAGGUCCUCAACGAGGAUGAGACCCGCAAGAAGCUGGCCAAGGAGAACGAGCUGUUCGCCAUCCAGCAGGCGGCGGCCAGUGGCCCGGUCUUUCUGCCGCCCCUGCGCCUCCAGCACCAGCACCACCCAUUGAUGCAGAAGCCCACCGCCGGGGGACAGCCAGGCAAACGGGGCAGGAGUCCGUCGCCGCCGAGCCAGCAGCAGCAGGCUUACUACAAGAGCGCGGCCAGCUACGCCCAGCAGAAACACGAUGACUACCGUCGUGCCGCGGACUAUGCUAGAUUAUCAUGGAACAAGACCACGGCACAGUAUCCGGGCACGAACACGGUAUUCUAUCAGACGGCCCCCGCUCCGCCGACGACGUCCAUCUACAACUACAACCUUCCCUUGCGUCAGGCAUACCACGUGGAGCUGCCCAGCGCCACGGUCAGCAAGCCACCGGACUCACAGUCGCCCAAGGCGCCGUCGCAAGGGCAGCCGAUGCAGGUGCUCCACAUCAAUCUCGACCAGCCGGCCAUCUCGCAGGCCGACCUGGUGGCCCAAGCCGGCGGCAGCAUUUCGGGGAAGAGCUCCCAGCCACAGGUGACCAUGGAGAAGCUGCCCGACCGCUACCACAUCGAGGUCAAGCACGACGGCCAGCCACCGAGCCACGUUCCACCUCCGCCGCACCUGCUGUCGGAGGGCGUCAUCUACAGCGAACUCUCGCUGCAUCCCAACGUCCUGCAGAUAAGCAGCAGCCAGUUUCUUCCACAGAAUCCCAAGGCGGCGGGAAGCAUCACACAGGGCUAUGCACCCGGACGGGGUGGAUCCGCCCACGAACAGCAGCUGGCGCGGCAGCAGUUGGCCAUGCUGCCCGGCCAGCCGGGAGCUCCGUCGGGAUCGGUCUCCGGAUCCGCUCAGCCGCCUCCUGGCCAGCAGAUGCACUACACGCGGCGACUGUACUAGCCUCGGCUGAGGGGUUAGCCCUGCUGCCGCCACGCAACUCACUCACUGAUAUACUUACGAUUUUAAAUGGACACUACACCGACUACGCUUCCCACGUGGAGUCGCACACACGAAAUAAAGCAGACAACUAUGGCGUCCCUAUUUUCCAAAACAUUAAAA